AUGGGGUAUUGGGUUCAGGGGUGGUCCUGCAUUCUGGUGGGUGUUGCUGUGAUAUUUUCUGGUGGUAUGUGUUUGGCAAAAGGAGAAGUGGGAGAAGGAGAAGAAGGAAAGUGUGAUAUAUAUGAAGGGAGUUGGGUGGUAGACGAAUCAUAUCCUAUGUAUAACUCAACAUUGUGCCCACAUAUCAGAAGGGAGUUUGACUGCCAGACGUACGGACGGCCGGAUAAACUCUACCUCAGAUAUAAAUGGCAGCCCAAGGACUGUGAUUUGCCCAGAUUUGAUGGACAAGAUUUCUUGAGGAGAUUCAAGGGGAAGAAGAUAAUGUACAUAGGGGAUUCAAUUAGUCUAAACCAGUGGCAAUCAAUGGUCUGCCUUCUUUAUGCUGUUGUUCCUGAUCAAUCCAGAAUUUUCCAAAAUGCAAAUGGCCCUCUUACUACAGUCAUUUUUCAGGAUUAUGACUUGUCGAUUAUGGUAUUUCACUCUCCAUACUUAGUAGAUAUUGAGAUCGAAGAAAUUGGUCGAGUUUUGAAGCUUGAUUCACUCAAGAAUGGCAGCAUAUGGAAGACCAAUGACAUCGUUAUCUUUAAUACAUGGCUUUGGUGGUAUCGUAGUGGACGUGCCCAACCAUGGGAUUAUAUUCAAGAUGGUGAUCAGAUAAAAAAGGACAUGGAUCGAAUGGUUGCAUUUAAGAAAGCCUUAAUUACUUGGGCUAAAUGGGUGGAUUCAAAUGUGGAUUUCAACAAAACUCAAGUUUUCUUUCGAGGAGUUACGCCUGCCCAUUAUGAUGGCAAGGAAUGGGAUGAGCCAAAAGUGACUAAUUGCUCUAAGGAGACACAACCAAUAAGUGGAUCAACAUACCCGAGUGGCUUGCCACAAUCAAGUUACGUAUUAGAAGGAGUUCUAAGUGGUGUGACAAAACCAGUUCAAUUCCUCAAUAUUACAACUCUCUCACAACUAAGAAAAGAUGGUCAUCCUAGUAUGUACAAUGGCGUCAACAGGAGCAUGGACUGUACCCAUUGGUGUAUUGCAGGAGUUCCAGAUACUUGGAAUCAACUUCUAUAUGCAACCCUCAUCAGUCAAAAUUGA